GGGCGUCUGAGACGAGUCCGGUCUAUUAUGCGAGCUCGAACCAGCAUCGAUAAUGCUCUAUUGUUAGACAGAAGUACUAUGGCUUGUGCAUUUACCAACAUGCAGAUUGUCCUCAGAGAUUCAGAGAACAGCGUGUCAGCGAAAAAUUUUAAAUGGCCUUAGAGUUGAUGUUGAUGUCAGAUAUAUGGUAUAUCUCGUGAAAGCUGAGAAAUCAAUAAUGAACUACACGGCGUGGUUGUGUGGAGGAUGCAUAGUCCAUCCGAAGUUCAUACUGACGGCGGCGUCGUGCCUCACAGACGUAAGCUAUGUAUACGCCAUAGCCGGAUACAGGAAAUACGUAAAAACCGAAGAUCUCGAUAACGAUGAAUGCACUAAGCGAUUUAGGAAAAGGGUUUUAUCUUACUGCAUUCAAAAAGAUUAUAUGAUAAAAAUGCCUGAAUUGCAUUGGUGGAAUUGGAAAGACUUAGCUCUAGCGAGAGUCGAGACUCCCUAUAACUUCCACGAUGACUCGUAUCUCAAGUACUGCUCGUAUAAGCCAAACUUGAUAAAGAUUAAUUAUAAUCCAGAAUUCUUGACGCCGGGAACUGAUGUUGUGGCUCUGGGUUGGGGUACCACUAAAUAUUAUAGACCGGAAGGCGAUUAUACCGAUUACAAUGAAGAAUACCUGAGGUACACAUCUACUGUUCUCAUUGAUGCUAGCAUUUGUCGUGUCAAUUAUGAAGAUCUGCCAUACAGAAUGGCGGAUUAUACAAGAACCAUGUGGCUGUGCACGGAGAAAGCGGGUAACCUAGACGUCGAAGGAAAAAUCAUUAGAGCUUCGACGCCCGUAGAGAGCUGUAGAAGAACUUAUGGAAAUAAUAGAGCGUGCGAUCAUAUAGAAAAAAGUGGGUUACGACGUUCGUUUCAUAUCGGAAACAAAACCUAUUACGAGUUCACGAGAAGAAACGGCAUAUGUCAGAAUGAUCACGGAGGGCCCCUCAUUACAUGGAUAGGCGGACAGCCCCACGUCAUCGGUGUCGCCACCACGUUCUUGGUAAACGAGAAAAUGGAAUGUGUCGGUCCGUUUGUUUUCACCAGUACUUACUGUAACUCCCAGUUUCUGCACUGUAGCCUGACUGCGGACCAAGGUACUCGGCGAUCAGGCUCCUGUAACGGCACUACGGAAAUUACUGACAACGAAUUUCAAUGGAAAAAUAAGAGUCAAAAAAAAGAUUAAAAAAAAAAUAACAGUUAAUAUUUACAAAUUAC